UGUUGCUUUUUACGAUAAGUAGUGUGUUGUGCGUAAAAUGAUAUUCUGGUGCAUAGUCAUUCUUCCCAUAACGAUGGGAGGACUAAUAGCAAACGAUAGCAAUGAGAACAAUUUGGACGUACCUUUCGAGCUAACUAUGACUUUAGUGGAGUCUAGGAUUAUAGAGCAACUAGAAAAACUGUCAAGAACUUUCGGCGAGGAAGUGAAAAAAAUAAAUGAAAAAAUUGAUCAGUUAAAGCGCGAUACCCAAUCAGAAUAUGAAACUAACAGCAUGUUCAACACAACGCAACAGCGGAUGGAAAAGCUAUCGCAACAGCUACAAACUGCAUCAAAAUCCACCGAGCAACGGCUGACAGAUCUGGAGCACCGGCUACUACAUCAGCUGCCUGAACAGUCCGGCGUGUACUUCAUGCAACCGGACCCGGCUAAAAACGCAUCCUUCGAGGUGCUGCGUGACUGGACGAACAAUCACGGCUUCGGUGGUAAUUGGAUCGUAUUCCAGCGUCGUUUUAAUGGAUCGGUCAAUUUCUACCGUAAUUGGACCGAGUACAAGCAAGGUUUUGGUGAGCUGCGCGGUGAACAUUGGUUGGGUUUGGAUAAGCUGCACGCGAUCGUAAGCACCCGCCAGCACGAGCUGCUGAUCGUGCUGGAGGAUUUUGAUGGGGUGGUUGCGUACGCUCACUACGAUGAUUUUAAGAUUGGCAACGAGAGUGAAAAGUAUGUGAUUAAAUCGGUUGGUCAGUACUCCGGUACGGCGGGUGAUUCGUUCUCGCCGCACAAGGACGAAGCGUUUUCCACGCACGAUCAGGAUAACGACAAGCACAGGAUCAACUGUGCCGAGUGGGUUCGUGGUGCGUGGUGGUUUUACAAGUGUCAUCAGAGUCAUUUAAAUGGUGAAUAUUUGAGAGGAAAGAUCGACAAACAGGCGGGCAUCAUGUGGCUUCGCUUCCGAGGAUCGUACUACUCGCUCAAAAGCACCAAAAUGAUGGGUCAUAAAACAGCCGUCCUUUCCCUCGUGACGUCACCCUAUCUGUAUCACGCAGCAAAACAAAAAAAGGGAUGACUUCUGUUUCUGCUCAGAAAUCACUGCUCCAUGGACGCAUUCUCCCCUACUGUCCGGCAUGCUCACCGGAAGCAGCAGCACCCUCCAUGUCCAACCAGCGGGGAGGCCCAUAAACUAUGCGUAAUUGAGUUUUAAAGUUGAUUUUUGAAUUGAUUGUACCCGUGUGCGGCACGUGACCCGACGUGCUGACUAAUAUGAGCACGUCCGGGGGUGUUGAUAUUCCUCUGAAAGAGAAGAUGCCGCUUGGUAAAGUUCCUAACCUAACGUCGAACGUGAUUUGUGUUGGUGGGUUUAAUUGAAAUACAGUAAGCCAAAGCGUGCGGUUAAUGUGGCUGGGAAUUCUAUGGCUGGAAGUUAAUUAGAACCUGGAAAGGGCAUGAGAAAGGAAGUGGAUUUUAAUUUAGAUGUAUCAAAAGAGGUAAUUUUUGGGCCAAAACCACCAAUACGACUCGUAUUUUGAAUAAGAGGAGCAGAAAAAGGACUAAGAGCACAAGAAAUUAAGGUUCGUGCCACACCUGGACUCAUCCAAAUGCGUUUAGCCGUCCGAAGGAUACGUUAAGGUGUUGUUGAAACGACCUUGAAUUUAACAAGUAGGUGUUAGUUUUUUGCCUUUUCAGCUGCUUUCGAAACAGCAGAAAUGAAGUCCUCAAAAGGGGAAAAAGGUUCGAUCCUCAAACCCCCUUCUCAAAGUAUCCAUUAUCAUCAGCCCCUCAACUUCCUUUGUGUCUUGCGAUAAAGAAAAAACUCAACUCAUCGAUCGUUGAAUCAUUCCCUUCCCGGAAGUCCAGCAAUGUGCUGGGUGCAGCCCCUUCGCCGGUACGCCUAAUUGACAUCAGCCAGCCCCGUAAACCACCGUGCCCUUAUUGUCUGUGUAUAUGCAUAUAUGCUGUUUGACGUGUCGUCGCGUCCUGACAGCGAUGCCACCCGCUAAGUAGAGCUCUGAAUGCAAACCUCAAUUCCGUAACGUCAUCAUUACACGUUGAUAUCAAAAGCACGGUGCAUUAUCGCGCAAGACGCGCACACAGGAAGUGCUUCAACACCCUCGGUAUGGCACGUGCCCAUCAAGGGAUGGGUUGUCCAGUGUUUUCCAGUGCACACGAUCCCACGACGAUGCGCUAAAACAGGGGAGGGCCGUAGAGAGAGAGAGACAAAAAAAGGCAUCAUUUUGAUGUACAUUUGCAUGUUUCGGGGCUAUUUAGUUCGUCAUUAAAAUGUAUUUAUAGCGAUGAAUAAUGAUGUAAGUGGUGAGUGUUGUGUGAUGCCAACAGUGGAAAAGGGAACUUAGGUAGGGCAAUAACCAAAAAAAUCUCAGGUUCAAUAGGUCAGUUUUGUAAAGUGAGGUUCUCACGAUGCAUUUGAGAUUGCGUGCUACGGCAGCAUUAUGAAGAGUUUCCGGUUCGAAGGACACAAAAAUCCGGUUCGAAGGACUAAAUCUUUGGAAGCUAUACUGAGGAUCGAUCGAUCGUGCCACUUACCAUCACUCCAAUACACGCAGGAGGUCUUUAUGCACUCUUUAGAACACUCGAUCACGUUCAUAAUCUCAACAUUCCACAUUCGUUACGAUUCGGCAGCUAAAUUUCGUACCAUUUGCCAGCAAGUUCCCCAAGCAACACGCCAUUCCAUACCCACUUCUGCCCACCUGCCUGCAAAAUAUCACCCCCGGGGAACGGGUACACAAUGCCAAAACCAAAUUAUCCUAAUCCGCUAGCUUCUGGUGUUGAUCACACAUUGAGCUUUCACCUAUACGAGCAAAUAAUGCACCGUUUGGUGCUCCUUUCCGGACAUCCGCUUUGGAAGCUGGAAGCGGUUUUGAAAAGGACGAAAAAUUUGCAUAGCUUUUCCCCGAGCAAAGCGUACGCUCAAAGCAAUUAUGCUCGUUUGGCGGUGGUGGUGGCCUCAAGCGACAAUUGGCCUUGCGGCUUAAAGCAAAUAUCUAUUUGCACAUUACAAAAGGUGCGCGAAUGGCCAUUGUUUUCAAUUGUAGCUGUCGGAUCGGAAGUGGCUUUUUGUAAUACGAUUUGCUUUCUCUCUGCUUGUGUAGUUGGUAAAGAAAGUAAUUAAAGCGUAAAUUAUUAAAGCUACCGUUUGGGAGCGUACAAAUGUGGAAAAAGGAACCGAAACUAAGUCUAGUGGAACACUAUCAAAUCGGAAUAAUGUUUGUUUGCUUUUCUACUGUUUACUGGUAGUUUACAUAUUGCGUAGCUUUUUUCAUAGUUUUUUACGCUUUUUUUUCAAUGUUGUUUGAUGCUUUAUAAGUGAAACUAUCAUAACUCCUCUUUUUUGCCUUUUUUUGUUGAUUUUGUUUUUCAUUUCAUUGCUGCUUCUUUAUUGUUUAUGUAAGU